CUGAUUCCAUCAUCACACUGAAAGCUGCAAAGAUCUGCCUUCGGAGCAGGAAAGGCUACAGCCCAGCAUCGGCUGUCAAUAGCACCUUGUGUAACUUGUUAAAACAGGUCGAACACCAUGGCUGGUAUUUUGGUAUGGUUUUGGAACGAAAGAUUUUGGCUCCCUCAUAAUGUAACCUGGGCUGACUUAAAAAACACAGACGAGUUAACCUUCCCGCAAGCUGAGGACCUGUAUCUGGCAUGCCCUUUAGCAUUCUGCAUCUUCAUGAUCCGGCUGGUAUUUGAAAGGUUUAUUGCGAGACCAUGUGCCCUGGGAAUGAAAAUCCAAGCCAACGGACCACAGAAGGCUCAGCCCAAUGCCAUCCUGGAGAAGGUCUUCACUGCCAUCACCAAGCACCCAGAUGAGAAGAGGUUAGAAGGGCUGUCUAAGCAGCUGGACUGGAACGUGCAGACCAUUCAGCGCUGGUUCCGGCAGCGGCGCAACCAGGAGAAGCCCAGCACCCUGGCCCGCUUCUGCGAGAGCAUGUGGAGAUUCACAUUUUACCUCUACAUAUUCACCUAUGGAGUCCGCUUUCUUAAAAAGGCCCCAUGGCUGUGGAACACUAGAGAGUGCUGGUACAACUACCCGUAUCAGGCUCUCACGGUAGACCUACACUACUACUAUACUCUGCAGCUCUCCUUCUACCUGUCCCUGCUCUUCUCACAGUUUACAGACAUCAGGAGAAAGGAUUUCCUGCUCAUGUUCAUGCACCACCUGGCCACCAUUGCUCUCAUCACCUUCUCCUAUGUCAACAACAUGGUGCGGGUUGGCACCCUGGUCAUGUGUCUCCACGAUGCCUCAGACGUGCUCCUGGAGGCAGCUAAAAUGGCCAAUUAUGCCAAAUGUCAGAAGCUCUGCAACCUGCUAUUUGUCAUGUUUGCUUUGGUCUUCAUGAGUUCCAGGCUCGGCAUAUUCCCUGUCUGGGUUCUGAACAGCACGCUGUUUGAGAGCUGGGAGAUUGUGGGUCCGUUCCCAUCCUGGUGGCUCUUCAACCUGCUGCUGCUGCUGCUGCAGGCGCUGCAUACCUUCUGGUCCUACCUCAUAGUGAGGAUUGCCUGCAGAGCCAUCUCCAGGGGCAAGGCUGGGAAAUGGAAUCCUUUACAUGUGUCAAAGGAUGACCGCAGCGACAUCGAGUCCAGCUCGGACGAGGAUGAAGCGGCACCACCUCCAUCCCACAAGCACCACAGCAACUCCUCGAAUGGCACCAACGGAGCCCACGGCACCAACGGGUACCUGUCGGGCACGCCCUGCCACGAAGACCACUGACCCACCCACAGUCAGACACUCAUAGGCACUGGAGCAGGAGCCCUCGGGCCCCAGCAGUGCUCCUGAUAACCUUUGCGUGUGAAUACAUGAACAACAUUGCCCGUCUGGUACUGGAAGCUCUUCAUAAAGAUAUGUGAAUGCAGUUUGUUUGUUUGUUUGUUUGUUUGUUUGUUUGUUUGUUUGUUUGCUAUGGUUUAAUUUUGUUUUGCUCUCUUCUCCUUUAUCUGCUCUCCUUUAUCUGCAUUCUUGUGCACCUGAUUAUAGCGGUGGGAUUUUAAAAAAAAAUCAUUGCACAAUCAUUGCACUAUUGUUGGUAUCGCCCACUUUUUCAUUAGCCAGCGAAUGAAAGCAUUCCACUUUUAUCAUACGAAGCAUGCUGCUGUGUAGUGUGGAAUUAUGGGAAGAAGUUUAUCUUGCGUCAGUGUCUUUGUAUUUAUUUAUUUUUAUAUAUGUGUAUUUUUAUAUAUGUGUAUAUACUGU